UAGCCGGAGGGGACCCCUUCUCUCUGAAGGUUCAGAUAAGCUUGUGGGUGUGGUCGAUACCCGGAGGAAGGGUGGGGAGGUCGUGAAGAAGAAAGAGAAGGACCCCCGAGCACCAUGGCUUUGUUGGAAGCCCGAGUCAGCGCCAGCCCCCAAGAGCAGAAGGCAUCUUCUGCUCCACUCUGCCCUUCAAUCUUCAUGCAGGAUGGAGAGGAAGAAGAGGAAGAACAAGCAGAGACCUACCUGUGUGUGCUGUGGAAUUCUGGAUGCCUGGGCAUAGCCUACUAUGACACUGCUGAUUCCACCAUCUAUUUCUUGCCAGACACUCCUGACUGUGAUAACCUCAAACUUCUCCAGAGAGUUGUGAAUGAAAUCAACCCAAGAUCCAUCAUUACAAGUGCCAAGCAGGAUGAAAGCAUGGCUCAGUUUCUGGGGGGCCUGGUCUCAUCUGACCACAAGGAGCAGGAGACCCCUGAAACUGUACUGUUGCCCAGUGUGGAUUUUGGUCUAGAGAUCAGCAAACAGCGGAUCCUCUCUGGUAACUUUUCCUUCAUGCCAGAAUCCUUGACGUGCACUGAGAAAAUCCUCUUCCUCUCUUCCAUCAUCCCAUUUGAUUGUCCUCUCAUGGUACGAGCCCUUGGAGGGCUGUUCAAGUUUCUGAAUCGGAGAAGAGUCAAUGUGGAACUGGAAGAUAAUAGUGUCAGUGUGCCAAUUCUGGGCUUCAAGAAAUUUGUCUUGACAGAUCUAGUGAGCAUAGACCAGGACACGUAUAGUGUCCUACAAAUAUUUAAGAGUGAGAUCCACCCAUCUGUGUACAAAAUGGCCAGUGGACUGAAGGAAGGACUCAGUCUGUUUGGAAUUCUCAACCGCUGCAGAUCCAAGGGGGGUGAGAAACUGCUCCGGCUGUGGCUGAUGCGGCCAACCCAAGACCUGGAGGAACUGAAUUCCCGUCUGGACGUUAUCCAGUUUUUCCUGCUGCCCCAGAACCUAGAGAUGGCACUGACCCUGCAUGGACUCCUGAGCCACAUCAAGAACGUGCCUCUCAUCCUGAGGCGCAUGCUCCUAUCACACACCAAGGUCAGUGACUGGAGGAUUCUCUACAAGACAGCAUAUAGUGCUCUGGGCCUUAGAGAUACCUGUCGAUCUCUACCUCAGUCCAUUCGGCUUUUCCGGGAUAUUGCCCAGGAAUUUUCUGAUGAUCUCCACCACAUUGCCUGCCUCAUCAAUAAAGUAGUGGACUUGGAAAGCAGUAUUGCUGAAAAUAGAUUCACUGUCCGACCCAACAUUGAUCCUGAUAUUGAUGAGAAGAAAAGGAAGCUGAUGGGACUCCCCAGUUUCCUCACAGAGGUUGCCAGGAAAGAGCUAGAGACUCUGGACAGCCGAAUUCCUUCAUGCUGUGUUCUCUACAUCCCCUUGAUUGGCUUCCUUCUCUCUAUCCCUCGCCUGCCCACUAUGAUAGAUCCAAGUGACUUUGAGAUUGUUGGUCUAGAUUUCAUGUUUUUGUCUGAAGAGAAGCUACACUAUCGAAGUGCCCGUACCAAGGAAUUGGACUCUAUCCUGGGGGACCUUCACUGUGAGAUAAGAGAUGGAGAGACUAUACUGAUGCAUCAGCUGCAGUGCCAGGUGCUGUCCAGGGGGGCAGUGUUGAACCGAGUGAUAGAUCUUGCUUCUCGCCUGGAUGUCCUACUGGCCCUGGCUGGGGCUGCCCGAGAUUAUGGGUAUUCACGGCCCCAGUAUUCCCCUAAAAUCCUUGGGGUGAGAAUACAAGAUGGCAGACACCCACUGAUGGAGCUGUGUUCCCGAACUUUUGUACCAAACUCUACUCAGAGUGGUGAGGAGGGAGGAAGGAUCAAGGUCAUCACAGGACCCAACUCAUCAGGAAAAAGCAUCUACCUUAAACAGAUAGGUCUGAUUACAUUCAUGGCACUAGUGGGGAGCUUUGUGCCAGCAGGCAAGGCUGAGGUUGGAGCUGUGGAUGCCAUUUUCACCCGAAUCCAUAGCAGAGAGUCUGUCUCCCUUGGUCUCUCCACAUUCAUGAUUGAUCUCAACCAGGUGGCAAAAGCUGUGAACAAUGCUACAGAGAGGUCCCUGGUCCUCAUUGAUGAGUUUGGGAAAGGAACUAACACGGUGGAUGGACUGGCACUCCUGGCCUCUGUUCUCAGACAUUGGGUGUCCCAAGGGUCCAGCUGCCCCCAGAUCUUUGUUGCCACCAACUUUCUGAGCCUCAUUCAGCUGCAGCUGCUGCCCCCUGGGUCCCUUGUACAGUAUCUGACCAUGGAGACCUGUGAGGAUGGAAAUGAGCUCAUCUUCUUCUAUCAGGUCCGAGAAGGUGUGGCAAAUGCCAGUCAUGCCUCCCACACAGCAGCCCAGGCUGGACUCCCAGUUAAACUCAUCACUCGUGGAGUGGAGGUCUCAGAGUUGAUCCGAAAUGGAAAACCUAUCAAGCCUGACAAAGGAUUGUUAAAGGAGAAUCAGAUGGAAAAUUGCCAGGCCUUGGUGGAUAAGUUCCUGAAAUUGGAUUUAGAAGAUCCCAAAUUGGACUUGAGCAUUUUCAUGAGUCAGCAAGUUCUACCUACAGCCUCCUCCAUCCUGUGAUCAGCCCUCCUUUCUCCUGGAUAUCAAGUGCUCUUCUAUCCCUUCUCAACUCUGGACUCCCAUGCCCCUAACUCUGGCAUUGUUUCCUGGGGAAGAACUAUGAGCUGGAGAAUAAAAUGGAUAAUUUGUAAAAGGCAUUGCUUUCCUAGACCCUCCGAAAACAAGAGGACAGGCAGGAAUGGAAGCACCCUACUAGAGAAGUAGGCCCUUGUCCCGGAUCCCCCAAAUCCUAGAACAAUAACAAAUUCCUUUUGAUUGGCCAUAUGGAUAACUUGGGAGAGACCUAGCAAUAAAAUAUCACUUCCUAGAGGUCUGAAGAUAAGACAUUGCUGGGAAUCUGUUCAUUGGUGCUUUUGGCUCAAAUCAAACCCAGUAGUUGGUUAUUUGGUAAGUAGGACAGGCAUAUGGUUUAGUGGGGAAAUCUCCAGGCCCCAAAAUGAAGAAAUCUGGGCUCAGGCCCUGGUUCUCUCGCUGACUGUGUAACCAUGAGCCAGUUGUUCCCUUCUCCAUACCUCAGUUUCUUUAUCUGUAAAUGAUUUCUUAGGUUCAUUCCAACUCCAAUAUUCUGUAAUUCUAUGAGAUCCUUCCAAUUCUAAAGCAGAAUGGCCCCCAAAGAAACAGAAAGCUACAAGGGAGGGCAGACCACCCGACAGGAUCCUGGAGCACUGAGCUUCUUCCUUUGGGUGAGCUUCAGGGGAUGCGUGCCAUAGAGAGAGAGCAGGAUGCUCUGUGGCAGGGGCUGGAGCUUCUGGAAAAGAGCCAAGCCUGGUACAGAGGGAGUCUAAAGGAGGCUCAAAGGUGGCAGCUGCAUCUGGGAACACUCGGUGAGAACCAUCGAAGACAUCAAGAACAUACACGGGUGGCCCAGCUUUCCCAGGGAGAAGAAGCUAUUCAGUUAGAGCAGAUGAGAAGGCAGAGGGGUCCUACCCUAGUCUAAGGCCCUCCUCCAUCCCUUCUAGGACUUAAGGUCCCUACUUUGCUUUCUGAGAAGACAGAUGGCUGGAAACCCACUACUUCCUCUAUCCCAGAAUCUUGUCCAAGUUUAAAUGACUGUAAUCCUACAUCUCAGGCCUCACAUGGGAAAGAAAAAUAAAGUUUCUUCCUAAACCCUC